AAAAAAAAUCCAACUAAGAAUUUGUCAAUCUAUCGGUUUCUGUGUUAUUGCUUUAUGACACGACGUGCGGGAAGGGGUAUAUUGUCUUGAAACAGGUGUUUUUAAUUGAUUAUUUGAUAUUCCUGAAAAUGCAGUCCCCAUUAAAAUAUUAUCAUUCUUUUUAGAAGGGAGAAGUCGGUACUACCAGAUCCUGUCGCAUUGCUUAAGGGGACUGUAAUUGACAUGGAGAUGCACAAAGUGGCUUUCACUCGUCUCUCUCAUUCACCAUUUCACUUCAAAUCCACAUCUGCAACCAGAAUUGCAUGUACUGCUUCUCCGCUUCCACCACAAAAACAAACAGUAAAUGGCCCUGGCAUCCUCUGUGAUCCCUGUGGAGGGGCAGGAUGGGUAGUCUGUGACUUCUGUGAAGGUCAGAAGACUAAUGUGAAAGCACGGAACAACCGCUUGUAUCGGCGCUGCCCCUCUUGCAGAGCUACUGGGUUUUUGAUAUGCCAGAAGUGCAGAGUCUUCAAAUGUGUGACGUUCCCUAGUGACAGAGACAGCGUAUCUGAAUUCUAGAAAGGAUAUGCAUCAUUUCGUUUCUCCUGGGCUUGUAUUGGCUUAAUUCUUUGCAAGUGUUUAAAAUUUAUGAGAUGGGCUUCUCCUGGGCUUGUAUUGGCUUAAUUCUUUGCAAGUGUUUAAAAUUUAUGAGAUGGGUCUCCUUCCUUUCUAGCGAGGAACACAAUUGCAAAUAUUUUAUUUUGGAAUGUAAUCGAGUAUUCGAAUGUCGGAGUAAGGAAUGCAACUGAUUUCGAUUUAAGUCA